UGGCACUUUCCUGAUUUUUGGCGCUAAAAAACAGUUAUCUAUUUUAUUCAGAAAAUACUCAAAAUUUAGCCUUAAACCAAGCCAUGCAGCACAACACUUGCAACACCAAACCAACAAUCCCACCCAACAACCAUUAUGAAUAAAAACAAACUUCCAUGCAAAUAAAAACACACAAAAAAAAAACUCAUUAUGCAGAACCCCUUUGCAACACUUCACACAAAACCUCUUCAGAUGUGUUAAACUCAAUCAAACACUUUGAUUCCAUGCAAAGAAAUACGUGUCAAUCUUUUUUCUUCAAUUUCCCCUAUAAAUUUCCACCCCUUUUCCCAAAUUUUUCAUCAACAAAAAAAAGAAGAAGAGUAAUUUAAGUUAUAUAAAAAAAUGGCUUCUAAUUCCUCUUUACUCUGUUUUUUCUUUUGUUUUCUCUUUCUUUGCCAGGUCAGCUUUGCUCAGAUCUUUGAGCGACAGCAGUUCUGGCAAAGGCUGAAGCAUCAGCAGCAGCACCGGGCACUCAGAUCCAAGACUGAGUGUCAGAUAGAGCGUUUGAACGCUCAAGAACCAAACCGUAGGUUCGAAUCCGAGGCGGGUGUAGUUGAGUUCUGGGAUGCUACCCAAGAACAGUUCGAGUGCGCCGGAAUCCAGGCCGUUAGGCAUGAGAUCCGGCGCAAAGGGCUUUUGUUGCCUUACUAUAGCAACACUCCCCAGCUCAUCUAUAUCGUUCAAGGAAGUGGAGUUCAUUCAGCUGUAUUCCCGGGCUGCGCCGAGACAUUUGAAACCGAGUCGUCACAAUCUAAAUUUGUUUCGCGGAGAUCACUCGAUCGUCACCAGAAAGUUAGGCGUUUUCAGGCGGGAGAUAUUCUUGCAUUGCCUGCCGGAGUUACUCAUUGGACAUAUAAUGAUGGUGAAGAACCUAUUAUAAGUGUCUCACUUAUUGACACUUCUAAUGAUGCCAAUCAACUUGAUCUCACCUUCAGGAAAUUCUUCCUUGCUGGAAAUCCUCAACAAGGAGUACAACAACAAAUAUUAGGAAGACAACAACAGGAAGCCAGCCAAUAUGGAAGAAGAGGCUCUGAACAAGAGAAAGGAGGCAACAUGUUAAGCGGAUUCGAAGCUGAAAUUCUCUCCGAGGCUUUCAAUGUGGACGUUGAGAUUAUAAGAAAGCUCCAGGAACAGGCGCCUGAGAGAGGCAUUAUCGUCCAGGCUGAGAACCUUCGUUUCCUCCUCCCGGAGGAGAAAGAAGAACAAGAAGAAGAAGAACGAGAAUGGUAUAGUAAAAGAGGAAUCCCUCUUAAUGGAUUGGAAGAAACUUUUUGCACAAUGAAGUUGAGGGAGAACAUUGGCCGUCCUACAAGAUCUGACGUGUACAAUCCACGUGGUGGACGCAUAAGCACGGUCAAUAGUAAUACCCUCCCCGUCCUUAACUGGCUCCAGCUCAGCGCUGAGAGAGGAACCGUUUAUAGCAAUGCCAUAGUAGCACCACAUUGGAACAUGAAUGCUCACUCAAUCAUCUACAUCAUCCGUGGAAGCGGCCGGUUCCAAGUGGUCGGGAACGCGGGGAAAUCCGUGUUCGAUGACGAUGUGAGGCAGGGGCAACUAAUUGUCGUGCCUCAAAACUUUGCCAUAGUGAAGAAGGCAGGGGAACAAGGACUCGAUUACAUCGCUUUCAAAACCAACGACAACGCGAUGAUUAGUCCGUUAGCCGGGCGGUUAUCGGCUAUCCGAGCCAUGCCAGAGGAAGUCCUCAUGAACUCGUACCAAAUUUCAAGGCAGGAGGCCAAGAGCUUGAAGUAUAAUAGGGAUGAGCUUAGUAUUUUUGGACCAGGAGCUAGGUCUAGCAAGCAAUAUGCCUAAAAUGUAAAGUGUGACAUUAUGUAAAAAAAUCAAAUAAUGUAGUGUCAUAAAUCCUAUCUUUUAUGUUAGGAUUUGUAUGGUGAGGGAAUAAAAAAAAUAUGUCUCUCGUAAAACGCAAUUCUGACGUUUAAUCUUU